GGAGAAUUCCCUGGUGAUCAGUGUUCCCGCGAGCUCUGGGAGUGCCGCUCCGCGCGACGCCGCCGCCGUCGCCGCCGACGCUGCCGUUGUCGUGUCCCUUGGAUUUGCCUCUGACUUGUGUGUGCGUGUGAGUGAACCCUGCCGCCAAAAUGUUCAAGCUAUUCGGCGGCCUCAAGCAGUACUUCAAGCUCCCCGAUGUGGUCAUCGACUCGCCCAUCUUCCGGCUGCACAACCUGUUCACCACGGCGCUGCUGGCGUCAUGCUCGCUCGUCAUCACGGCCACGCAGUACGUGGGCAAGCCCAUCGAGUGCAUCGUCAACGGGCUGCCGACGCACCCCAUCAACACGUACUGCUGGAUCACGUCCACCUUCACCAUGCCGGACGCCUUCCAGCGCCAGGUCGGCAAGGAGGUCGCGCACCCCGGCGUGGCCAACGACUUCGACGACGAGGACGCCAAGAAGUACUACACCUACUACCAGUGGGUGUGCUUCGUGCUGUUCUUCCAGGCAAUGAUGUGUUACACGCCAAAGUGGCUGUGGGACGCUUGGGAAGGCGGACUCGUCCGGACGCUGUCCGGGGGCCUGCACCAGAGCCUGGUUCCCGAGAAGGACAAGGAGAAGAAGAAGAAGGUCCUCAUCGACUACUUGCUGCAUCACUGUGAGCGCCACAACACGUACGCCAUCCGCUACUUCCUCUGCGAGACGCUGUGCCUGGUCAACAUCAUCACCCAGCUCUACAUGAUGAACUCGUUCUUCGACGGCGAGUUCUUCAGCUACGGCCUGCGCGUCAUGACCUUCUCGGACCAGAACCAGGAGGAGCGCGGCGACCCCAUGGUGUUCGUCUUCCCGCGCGUCACCAAGUGCAUCUUCCACAAGUACGGUGCGUCCGGGACCAUCCAGAAGCACGACUCGCUGUGCCUGCUGCCGCUCAACAUCGUCAACGAGAAGACGUACAUCUUCAUCUGGUUCUGGUUCAUGAUCCUGGCCGGGCUGCUGACGGUGCUGGUGCUGUACCGCGCGCUGCUGCUGAGCGCGCCGUCGCUGCGCCCCAAGGUGUUCCACUGGUGGCACAAGCUGGUCCCCAUCGAGGUGGCCGAGGCCCUGUCCCGGAAGACGGACGUCGGCGACUGGUGGCUGCUCUACACCUUGGGCGACAACAUGGACCCCCUCAUCUACCGCGAGGUGGUGUCGGAGCUGUCCAAGAAGAUCGAGACGGCCGCCAGCAACAGCUCCUGAUCUCGGACCGGCCUCGGCCCUGGCUCAGGCCUCCUCCUGGGACAGGGCCGACAGGGCCCUAGCCCCGGCCGCCACCUCGGCGUCGACCCCCGCCCUCACCCCGCCCUCGACCAGGACAUGGUCAAGGUCAAGGACAAGGUCAAGGACAAGGGGAAGGAGGCCGAGGCCGGGGCCAUCGUUUGACUGUGAUGUCUUGUAGAGUACGGCUACGGCACGCCGUCAGGUUCUGCCGAGUUGCUCGACGGGCGGGGCGACCUGUCCUGCCCCUGUCUGUCCGUUCUCUGUCCUCUGUGCUGCCAGAGUCUGUUUCUCGUCUCGCUUUUAUCCGAAUGAGUGCAUGUGUGAGUGUGUGCGUGUGAAUGUAUGUGUAUAUGUGUGAGUGUUUAUGUGCGUGUGUGUAUGUGUGUGUGUGUCUGUGUGCUGCAUUCAUAUUCUUACAAUCUGUACAGAAGCAUACGCCCGUAUCGAGCUACUUGUGAAUCCGAUUGGGUGCAUAGUUGUUUUAUUUAUUGUAAAUGUAUCGUCUUUUAUGUCAUGUCUUAUCUUUCCUCUCUAGUAUUUUUUAUUGUAAUUUGUUUCUUCUUGAGGUACAAGCUCCACAAGAAUUUGCGGGAGACUAGUGCAGAGAAUACUGUAGUUUCCCCUAUUUUUCUACCAUAAGACUGGAUUAUUCGGCAAUAAGAUAAAUAACUAUUUUGAUAUUCGUAGUAAAUGUUUUCAUUAUGUUAAGAGACGAGAUCUUAUUGAUGUUAAAUAUUGGCGGCUGUUGGUUGCAGUAAUGCAAAGUUGUUUUAUACCCUUAUUGUGAUUAAUAAUCGCUCAAUUUUUCAUUCAGAGCUUUUGUUGGACCAACCCAUUCCGACAUCUUCCUUGAAGUUUUAUUUAAAGAGUUGUCUGCGAAUGGCUAAGACAGUACAUUUCUCUGCAUGUUGUACUGUUCUUCAUUGUAUAUACCCACUGUUUACAUGAUGAAAAGACUAUUUUUUCAAAGCAUUAAAACAUAUCAUAUGAUUCCCGUUUGUUCCAUUUGUGCAAGCACAAAAAAAUACUUUUUGACGCAUUGAUGUCAACUCUUACAGUGUGGUGCAAAAUCAAUAAAAUUUGUACUUUGAUUCAGA